GGCUCGAGUUCAGUGACGCCGGCGCCGGCGAUCGGGGGUUGGGGGGCGGCGUUCUUCGUCUCAAGACUGAUGCAGCUCACAGCUGGACUUGUAUGGAUCUGUAUGUGUUUGCAACACCAUACAGGAUAAUGUGGGAUUACUACUUUUCUGCUCGUGAGCACACUCUAGAGAUAAAGUCAUGGGAGGAACCUGCGGAAAUGGAAUAUGUAAAACAACACGGGAUUUCUGUAUUUCUCAUGCCAUCGGGGAUGCUUGGAACUUUUUUAUCUCUUUUGGAUGUUUUACCUUUAUUUUCAAACACCAACUGGGGUCAGAACGCUAACAUUGCCUUCCUAGAAAAGCACAUGGGGGCCACCUUCAAGAAACGUGCUCAACCUUGGUGUGCAACCAUUAGGCCAGAGGAUGUUAACUCAGGUGACUUUUUAGCUGUGUCAAAAAUCCGUGGUCGUUGGGGCGGAUUUGAGACACUGGAAAAAUGGGUCACAGGUGCAUUUGCUGGCCAUACUGCAGUUUGCUUGAAAGAUGAAGUGGGUAAUUUAUGGGUUGGGGAAUCAGGACAUGAGAAUGAAAAGGGAGAGGAAAUUAUUGUGGUAAUUCCAUGGGACGAGUGGUGGGAAUUGGCAUUGAAGGAUAGUUCCAACCCUCAGAUAGCUUUGCUUCCACUACAUCCUGAAUUACGUGCAAAAUUUAAUGCCACUGCAGCAUGGGCGUAUGCACGAAGCAUGUCAGGAAAACCCUAUGGAUAUCAUAACAUGAUAUUUAGCUGGAUUGAUACAGUUGCAGACAAUUAUCCACCCCCAUUGGAUGCUAACCUGGUCAUGUCUGUUAUGUCUAUGUGGACAAGAUUGCAGCCCUCAUAUGCUGCAAACAUGUGGAAUGAAGCCUUGAACAAGAGGCUGGGUACUGAGGAUCUGGACUUGCAUGCUAUCAUAGCUGAGACAGAAAGGAGGGGAAUGACCUUUGAUCAGUUGCUGACUAUUCCUGAACAAGAUGAAUGGGUAUACAGUGAUGGGAAAUCUACUACUUGUGUUGCUUUCAUCCUUGAGAUGUACAAAGAGGCUGGGAUUUUUGGACCAAUUGCCAACUCUAUUCAGGUUACUGAGUUCACGAUUCGUGAUGCAUAUAUGCUUAAGAUUUUUGAGAACAAUAGAACACGUCUCCCUAGCUGGUGUAACGCCAAAAUCGACGACCUUCCAUUCUGUCAGAUACUUGGUGAGUACCGAAUGGAGUUGCCACAGUACAACACCAUAGAGCCAUACGCAAAGAUGAACGAAAAUUGUCCAUCUUUGCCGCCGACUUAUGAGAGGCCUAAAAGCUGUUGAUCUUUUCUAUCCGCACCUAUUAAGCCGGUCAGUUCAGAUUCUGGAGCAAAACUUCCUUAAAAGCUAUAGCGCUAUCGCGUGCAUAUUUACGGCCCUCGGUGCUAUGGGGUAUUGUGUAUCUGCCUACCCUUGGGCUAUUGGCUAUUGUAUGUUGUAAGAUAGCGGUAGCAUGUGUGUUACUGGUGGCAUAACUAGAAUCUACGGUUCCACAUUUAAUGUUACUGUUCUUAUUAUAGCUUCGGUAAUAAAAUGAUAUGACAGGACUUUGCUCGCGA